UCUCCAUUGAACUGGUCUCUGGGCAGAGCCCCCACGUCGCGAGGUCCUGUGGUUUCUGGGCCACUACCCGCAGCCGUUCCCCUUGCGGGAACAGUUCUAUCCGGACCCUGUGGCCAUAAGCCCUCGGAGUCAGCCCUAACCAGUCUAGGAUGGCUGCCUUCACCAAUGGAUAGGAGUCUGCCUGCUCAUCGCUCACUGCCUGGCUCCAGGAGGUAGAAAACAAGAUGCCCUCACUGCUGAAAUGGUCUUCUCUGCCAGUGGCAGGCAUGGUCUCGGAGUUGAAGUUUCCAGUUCCUUGGGGCCACAUUGCAGCCAAGAGCUGGGGAUCCCCGCAAGGCCGUCCUGUGCUCUGUUUGCAUGGCUGGCUGGACAAUGCCAACACCUUCAACAGACUCAUCCCAUUGCUCCCUAAAGAUUACUAUUACAUGGCAAUGGAUUUUGGGGGCCACGGCCUGUCAUCCCACCGGCCUGCGGGCUUUCCUUACCACUUCCUGGACUACGUGAGCGAGAUCCGCAGGGUGACAGCAGCCUUGAAGUGGAGUCGAUUUACUCUAAUGGGCCACAGUUUGGGUGGGACUGUUGCAGGAAUGUUCUCCUGCAUUUUCCCUGAGAUGGUGGAUAAGCUGAUCCUGGUGGAAUCUUAUGGCUUCUUCCCAGCUCCUCAGGGUCAGGACAAAGGCCCAGGAUUAGGUAGGCAAAGGAAGCUGAACUCCCCUCUUCCCUCUAGAGAUGGGCCAUCCAAGUCAGAGGAAAGUGACGCAUGGCUGAAUUCUAAGAGGAAGAUGAUUGAAAGUCUCCUGAGUCUGGAGGAGAACAAGCACCAGUCCCCUAAAGUACGCAGCCCCCAAGAAGCGCUGCAGAGGCUAUUACAAGCCAACAGCCACCUGACAGAGGAGAGUGGGAGGAUCUUACUGCAGCGAGGAGCGACUGAGGUGCCGGGAGGUCUGGUGUAUAACAGAGACAUGAGAGCCCUUACGCACAAUCAAGACUCCCUGACUCUGGAGCAGUGUGUGAGCUUCUUGAACAAAAUCCAGGCCAGUGUCCUAAUGAUCAUAGCACAGGAUGGAAUUUUUAAUGCUGAAGCUGAAAACCCCAGCCGGUACUUUGUGAAACCCCUGCAGGAAGCAUUCCAAUCCAACCUGAAGCACUUCCAGUUAGCUGAGGUGACGGGGAAUCAUUUUGUCCACCUGAAUGAGCCUGAAGUAGUGGCUGGGCUCAUCAACAUCUUCCUGAAAAGGGACCAGAGCUCCAAAGCCAGGCUGUAGCCUGGAUUCCUGCAUCAGGGCUUGGCUACCAGCUUUCCAGGGCAGACAGCAGCAGUGACAAAAGAGGACAAGGAGCUUAAUAUAGCCGCGCAUGCGAGACGAGACAGCACCGUUACUUGGCUGGGCCCUGAAGUUUUGCUCAUUACAUGAUUUUCAUCCCUCUCUUGAGCCCAGUGGCUUGGAAUGGCAAAAGAACCUGUCUCAGCAAACAGGCACAGAGGACUCUCAAGGAAGAGCUGUUCAAACGGCGACAGGGAGGAGUCCCACCUCAUACCUCCACUUUACAUGUUACAACAGCAGCUUCCGGAUUUAAGGCCCACUUCCCUGUUAAACCUGGUGCAGUUUCAGCAGCAGGAAGCAAACCCCCUUGCUUCAUUUUGGUGAUGUGCUGCCUUGGAAGGGACUGGGAGGGGUAAGCCAGGCACUUCCCCACCACCCACAGCUUAUAAUAGAUAUGUUUAUAUAUGCAUGAGAAGUGAGUUCUUUGAUACUGUAUGACACUUCACCUCUCUUCACCUGGUACCUGCCUCCUAUAACAAUUCUGCAUCUCUCGUUUCAUUGAGCAUUUUAGCCAGGAGUGACAUGAAUGUAUUCUGGCACUAGUCGGUGC